CGUAAGACUGUUUCCGGUGUGUAACCAGCAGCUGGAGUGUGUCUGUAGUUUACUGUUGGAGAAAACUUUAAAGAAAAGAUGAACGCGCUGCUGCGGCGGGUCGGAACAUGGAGAGGGUUCCAUGUAUCAGCGCCGGCGGCGACCUUUGACCUGAGGAAAGUGGAACUGACGCCUCUGGAGCAGCGAAAACUCACCUUUGACUCCCACGCCAUGGUGACGGAGCUGGAGAGCAGCGGUUUUGAGAAGCAUCAGGCGGAGCUGAUAGUCUCAGCUCUGGUUACCUUGACGACAGCAAACAUGGACAUCGUUUAUAAAGACAUGGUGACCAAAUCACACCAGGAGAUCGCGGUGCAGCAGAUCUUCGCCCACCUGGACUCCAUCAGGAAGGACAUGGUGAUCCUGGAGAAGAGCGACUUCGCCAACCUGCGAUCUGAAAACAGCAAAAUGAAGCGGGAGCUGGAGCAGCUGCAGAACAGACUGAAGGAGGAGAGUCAGAAACUCAGAGCAGAAACCAAACUGGACAUCAACCUGCAGAGCAGCAGGAUCUCAGACAUGUUCACGGAGCAGGAGAAGAAGCUGAUGGAGGCGAGUACGGAGUUCCAUCACAAGAAAGCCGACCUGGAACACGACAACAUGGAGAUCAACAAGAAGAUCGACCUGCAGGUGGCGUCACUCAAAACAGUGCUCGAGUCUCUGAAACUGGAGACGAUCCGCUACCUCGCAGCGACGGUGUUCUCCUGCCUCAUCAUUGCUCUGGGUGUCCACCGCCUGUGGAGGUGAACCGACUCGUCUGACUUGUCUUGAGACUAGACGAAAACUAGUUCCAGUGCAAACAGAUUGAAAACGUGUUGCUGCUACAAAACCCUGUACUCUGUAGUACUGGAGUAAAACACAGUUACUUCAAAUAGUUUUACUGCAGUACUACAGAGUACAAAUACUCUGAUACAAGUUGUACUCCAUUACUAUAGAGUACAAAUAUUAUGACAUAUGUUUUACUCCAGUACUACAGAGUACAAAUACUCUGACACAAGUUUUACUCCAUUAUUACGGAGUACAAAUACUCUGACAUAAGUUUUACUCCAGUACUAUAGAGUAUACAUACUCUGACAUAAGUUUUACUCCAGUACUACAGAGUACAAAUACUCUGACAUAAGUUUUACUCCAGUACUACAGAGUACAAAUACUCUGACAUAAACUACUCUGAUACAAGUUUUACUCCAGUACUACAGAGUACAAAUACUCUGACACAAGUUUUACUCCAGUACUACAGAGUACAAAUACUCUGACACAAGUUUUACUCCAGUACUACAGAGUACAAAUACUCUGAUACAAGUUUUACUCCAGUACUACAGAGUACAAAAACUCUGAUACAAGUUUUACUCCAGUACUACAGAGUACAAAUACUCACAAGUUUUACUUUUUAUCCUUUGAGUACAUUCUGCUGAUAAUACUUUUGAACUUCAGUAAAACUUGUGUCAGAUUAUUUGUACUCUGUAGUACUGGAGUAAAACUUGUGUCAGAGUAUUUGUACUCUGUAGUACUGGAGUAAAACUUGUAUCAGAGUAGUUGUACUCUGUAGUACUGCAGUGAAAGUACUCAUUACACAGAAUAAUUUGAAGAAGUAGCGGUUGAAUACCACUAGUGUGAAGUACUUGUGUAUAUUUACUCACAUACUGUAUGUAAGUACACUGUUAAAGUACUUGUACUUUAAAUACUUCUAUUUUAUCUGAUAUUACACAUCAUACUCAAGUAAAAGUACACAGGUAUAUGGAGCUUCAUGUAGUUAGAGUACGAGCUGUGUACUUUUACUGCUUUGACUGCAUGAAGAUUACAUCAGAGGGAUUUAUACUGCGUUUUUAAACCACUGCUUCAUGUACUCAGUAAAUAAUCAGAGUACUUUUACCAGUACUGAAUAUUUCUCUCAGAGAUGUAGUGGAAUACAAAUAUUAAGUACUUAAGUAUCUGAGUAAACACACUGUGUUCAUGAAGAAAUGAAAAUAUAUUUCCACAUUUUUAAAGAAUAAAAACUUUAUUUGAUGAUUUUUUAAAAACUUUGGUUGAAGACGUUUUAGUCAGAAGGAAACAUGAAUAUUUAAUGAGCCUGUUAAUUUCAUUUUUAUUUGAUUGUGUUUUGAUUUGAAUUUUAACUGAUUUUUGUUUGUUGUGUUUGAUUGACUGAGACUGAAGGAUCGUUUACACUAAAUAUUUAAUAAGACAUUUUGUUUGUGUGACGGAGUGAAGGAGAGUCUGAGAGGGUCAAAUGAAAUAAACAUUUUAAAUCAGAAGGAAAAAAA